UUUUUCCUUUCCCUGCUCCAACCCCAAAAUAGCUGCGGGCUGUGACGUCACCGGGCGGGGCCCUCAUUCGCACGGGCUCUCCGCCAAUCAGCGAGCCGGGCGAUGAUGUCAUGGGGGGCGCUGGGGACCCCCCGCCCGGGAUAUUCCAAAGCCGCGUUAAAGGAGCCGGGAGAGCGCCAGGAGCAGCGCGACCACCGCCGAGGGGCCCCAGGAUCUCUCUUCCUGCAGAAUUCCAAGGAUUUCCUCGCCAUGACUCUGGCUGCCUACAAGGAGAAGAUGAAGGAGCUGCCCCUCGUCUCCCUGUUCUGCUCCUGUUUCCUGUCGGAUCCCCUCAACAAGCCGACCUACGCCUACGAAGACACGGUGGAUCUGACCUGGUGCGUGAUCUCUGACAUGGAAGUGAUCGAGCUCAACAAGCGCACCUCGGGCCAAUCCUUCGAGGUCAUCCUGAAGCCUCCGUCCUUCGACGGAAUCCCGGAAUUCAACGCCUCCCUGCCGCGGCGCCGCGACCCUUCCCUGGAGGAGAUCCAGAAGAAGCUGGAAGCGGCGGAGGAGAGGAGGAAGUACCAGGAGGCGGAGCUGCUGAAGCACCUGGCGGAAAAGCGGGAGCACGAGCGGGAAGUGAUCCAGAAGGCCAUCGAGGAGAACAACAACUUCAUCAAGAUGGCCAAGGAGAAGCUGGCGCAGAAGAUGGAGUCCAACAAGGAGAACCGCGAGGCGCACCUGGCGGCCAUGCUGGAGCGCCUCCAGGAGAAGGACAAACACGCGGAAGAAGUGAGGAAAAACAAGGAGCUCAAGGAAGAAGCCUCCAGGUAAAGAGGCACUGCUGGGACUGACAGCUCCGGGGAGGUGCCGGAGGCUUCCGCAGCUCCAGGUCGGAACGGUGUGGGAAUGGUGGACGUUCCUCUGCUUUCUUUGUUCGUGGAUGUGGCGAGUCGAGGGGUGAAGCCAUCGGAGUCGUCGUCGUCGUGCCGGGGGAGGGUGGGGAGGGAAGGGAUUGAGGGCGGGAUUGGGAUACCCAUCCCACCACCCCGGGUGGGUCCCGCCCGUCAGCCAGGUCCGGAGGGGGACAGCCGAGGGCUGAGGAGGUGAUCCCCGGGAGAAAUCCCGGGAAUACGGAGCGGGUGGGGAGGGAAUUGUGGGAAAUGUGCGUCGUGUGUGACUUUAAUUUGGUGCUGGGCAGGCGGGGCGGGCGGGAAUCCCUCCGGAGUCUUCUCCAUCCAAUCCCAUCCCAUCCCAUCCCACCCCACCCGUGGGCAUCUCUUGGUGUCCCUCCCUCCCUUGUUCCCGCCUGGAUUUGGGAUCUCUUCCCAGAUCUGGCGGGUUUUUUUGCCCUUCCAGCACCGUUUUGGGAAGGGGGAGAAGUUUCCCCUCCGUUGGAGGUGGUCAGGGAGUGAAAUUCCCAUGCUCCAAAGGUUUUUUUUUCCGGCUGUUGGGGACGCCCAUGGAUCCUUCCUAAUUGGAAAGCCCCAUGAAUUCCCAAAGAAGCUUUUUUUGUAAGAACCUCCCCCCAAAAUAUUCACCCCGGUGGGAAUUCUUGGAUAAAAUCCCCCUUUUCCAAGCUGGAAAAACCAUCGGCUCCCGGAGAUGGAGCAGCAGGAGAAACCAGGGUGGGGCUGUGGAGACCACGAUGGAAGGGAAUGAGGGAAAAUUCGGGAAAAAGGAGUUGGGAUGGAGCCCUGUGGAGAGCAGGGAAAAAUAUCCAUGGGAACCCUUUGGGGACAGCAGUGGCACCUCCUGGUGACACCAGGGAAGGUGGAAAACCCCCUGGUAUUCCAGAUCUUUUGUUUUUUGGGAACUGUUGUGCCGUUCCUGAGGGAUCUUUGCCUCCAGGAAGGGCGGGAGAAGGAAGACUGGAUUUUCCAGGGGAGGUGGGAAUUCCCCUCCAUUCCCAGUUGCCAGCUGGAAGCGUUUCCCAGUGCCGUGGCAACCCCAAAAUUCCAACCCGGAUGUGAACGAAGGGUUUGGUCUCCGCAUUCCCAGCUCCGAUCCGGGUCCGGAGGGAAUCACGGCUCUUUCCUGGUGCCAGGAGAUGCCCACCCUGAUCCCGGAGCCCCGGGAGAACCCUGGGAAGGGGGGAAAAAAUGGGAUUGGGGUCGGAUCGUGGCACGAGCUGUCCCUUUUUUUUGUACACAACGGAUGUAAAUAAAACUGCCUUGGCCUUUCCUUCGGUUUCCAUGAUCCCU